AUGAAUCUGUAAGAAACUUUGGUAUCAAAUAACCAUAAAGAUUAUUAUACUCUAUAAAAUGCUCCAUUGACUGGGUAGACAGAAAAUCAUCAUUCAAAUACUUCUACUGGAAUAAAAUGCUGUUGGAUUGAGUUGAAAAAAGAUUAUACAAUAACAAAUUUAUUUGCAAUUCCAAUCAUAUACAUACCAGUUACAAUCACAAUAUUCUUUUUUACUGGGUAAAUUAUCUUUCUUCUUAAAGAUCCUGAAUACUACAAUGUAAGUGAUUAAGACAUUAGCUAAGUAUCGAAUAACUUAACUUAAUUUUCAAUGCCAUUUUAAAUUAUUGGUGUAAUCCUUAUGGGUUAUAUCUAUGAUCUAUUUGGAAGAAGAUAUUCAAUUUUUAUAAACCUUUUUCUUUAAGCUCUUUGCUUUUUUAUAAUACCAUUAGGAGCUCCAAAUGUUAAUCCUAUGGUAUAAAUAGCGAGAACAACUUAAUUGGUCACAAAUGCUUGCACUGUAGUACAUCCACUAAUAAAUGACUAUGUAUUAAAAAAAUCUAGGGGAAUGGCUAAUGCCUUGCAAGUAGUUGGAUAAUGUGUUGGUGAUAUAAUUAUCGUAGUUAUUUUGAAAUUUCUAUAAGAUAUUGAAAUUGGAAAAUAAUUUAUGGUUACAGGCAUCAUAAUAAUAGUUUUUUCGUUUUUAGUGCUUUUUAUGAUAUAAGAGCCAGAUAUGAAAAAGUGA